AUCUUUGCCUCUAUCUUUGACGGUCUGAAGAGCUGUCCCAAGCCUUGUAUGAUCUUUCUAGCUCUCAUAAUGGUGAUCUCGCAGACAUAGUAAACCCCUACGCGUGCAGCUGAAAAUAUAUGGGUCAUGUUCAGGAGGUUGGGAUACAUCUUGUUCUCGUGAUUCGUCCUCUGAUCAUCGUUUGCGGACCGACACUGACCGCCCCUCCCGGUCACCAGGACUUUUGAAGAAAAAGCGGGCACAUAAAGUUGUGAGACAUCCACCUGAACAUGCAGGUGCGCGAUUAUGCCUCCCUCUAUCAAGUCUAGCUCGUCCAAUGAAGUUCGCGUGUUGGACGUCACAACGUUGGGCUCGGAUCCUCAGACUGUCAAUAGGCUGAACGGUGAAUCAUUCCAGCAGGAUGCUGUUACUACUUUCAAUGGCUACCAGUAUGCUGUGUUUUGGGUGGCAGAUACCGCCAAUACUUCUGUCAGACACGCUUCUAUCUCCCGGCGUUCCAUUCAGCCGCAGAAUGGUCCAUGGGAAACGUUCACAUUGACGGAUUACAACCAGACAGAAGAUGACGGACAUGACAUGUAAGGUGGCUUUGCUCCACCCCUAUGAUCGCGCUUCAUGCCUUUUCAGUAUAUGCCUAGGCAUCUCUCACGGAGAUGGAACACUGCAUAUCUCGUUUGACCAGCACGAUAACCCCCUGAAUUAUCGCAUAUCCACGCCAGGAGUUGCCACCAAUCCCGCAGGGGUAACUUGGUCUCCCGACAUUUUUGGACCUACCCUCGACUAUCUCCCAGGGCUUGAAUCUUUGGUCGAUUCUGUCAAUUUCAUUAACAUAACGUAUCCUCGCUUUCUAGUGAUUCCAUCCUCGGCUGCGGGAAGUACGGGAGCUGAUCUGCUGCUUGAAAUGCGUGUGGGCCGUUCAGGCUUAGGCGAUGAUUGGUUAUAUCGAUAUGUUCCCAACGAGGGUUGGGAAUUAACGGGGAGGUAUCUAGAGGGAGUCAACAAUAAUGCUUACAUCAACGGACUGGACUUUGAUCCAAAGGGCAAUUUGCAGGUAACAUGGACAUAUCGAGAUUAUGUGAACGACACGGGUCAAGAUGUUGCAGUCGAAGCAGGUCCUAAUGGCCCAGGGAACAAUCACGAUAUGAAUUUCGUGUUCAGUCCUGACCUCGGUUUUACCUGGCAAAACAACUGGAAUCAAACCAUUUGCAACACGACUGCGGAAGCUCCCGUCUUACCCAUUUCUGCGGGCAUCACGAUUUUCACAAUCCCUAAAUACAGUGGUAUCUUGAACCAAGAAGCUCAGAUAGUUGAUAACGAGGGAAGGAUGCAUGUGCUCAACAGGGAGAAUACGACGGGAAGCGAGCUGUGGUACCACUACUGGCGUAGCGUGGAUACCUUUUGGACGCGAACUGCGUUUCCAUUAGACAUUCCGAGUGACUACAAUAUUACUGGCACGCCCACGUACAUCGGAAAACGAGGCAAGCUCGUCGUGCUUCCUAAUUCUCAGUCGUUAUUGGCAAUUCUACCCGAUAACGCCCCAAAUUCGACUGCAUUAAGCAUCCUGCGAAGCACCGCGGAUGGCCACUUCGCGGAUUGGACGACUGUAUGGGAGGUUAGCAGUGGGUGUGUUGCGGAACCCCUAUUUGAUCGUUACCGGCUAAAUGUGGCAAAUGGUGGCGAUGGCGUGUUAAGCUUGUACUUGGUGAAUGGCACGGAGGUGCAAAUAUGGGACUUGGAUGUUAACGGGCUGUAACACGACCAGAAAUGUUUAGCAGCUAAAUAAAACCUGUCAAGACUAGUUGAUUAUGUAUUACAAAAGAGCAUAAAAGGGUAUAUGUGUAUAUGCCAUUAUUUGCCAGUGUAAAGUACCUGUAAAAAGAAUUCAUGUGUUCGUCG